UUGGUAUUGCUUACUGAUCUGACUACUGUACUGUUACGUGGCUACACCCACGCAAUAUAAUUACAGUUAUUACACCCUCAUUGUCAUGGUUACCAUUCUAAAAACAAAAUGGCCACCCAGAGGACAGUACAAGAAAGGAAAGACUCCAUCACACAGAGCAGUCUCAAGACUGGAGGACCUGGAAAACACGACUCCUCUACCUUACCUCCAACUCGUGUUCCAAAAGGUACCACCAGCAAGCUCUCGGGUGGAUCAGGAGUCGAAAAACCCAUUCGCUUCAAAUGUGCUCUCUCCAAUACCAUCCUAGAUGUACUGAGGAGUCGUGGAUGGCAGGAGAUUAAAGAUCCAGAUGGGGACUGGGACUUUUACUGGUGUGAAGUGGGCUGGAUGAGGGAACACUUUGAUCAUUGCUACCUAGAAGAAGGCCAGAGAGUGAAUCACUUUAGGAAUCAUUACGAACUCACCCGGAAGAACCUCAUGGCAAAGAACCUCAAGAGAUUAAAAAAGUCUUUAGAAAAAGAGUCUAAGCUGGAAGCAAUGAAGUGUGAUUUUUUCCCAACGACUUUUGAGCUCCCGUCAGAGUACCACAUCUUUGUGGAGGAUUUUAAAAAGAAGCCUGGCACCAUUUGGAUCAUGAAACCAGCAGGUAAAGCACAAGGAAAAGGAAUCUUUCUCUUUCGUAAGCUAAAAGACAUCACUGACUGGAAGAAAGAGGAUUACUUUCAUCGUGAUGAAGACAAAGAGUCCAAAGAGCCUCCAGAGACCUAUGUAGUCCAACGCUACAUUGACAAUCCUUACCUUAUAGGUGGAAGAAAAUUUGACAUAAGAGUUUAUGUCCUGGUCAUGUCAUAUGCUCCUCUUAAAGUCUGGCUCUACAGGAGUGGAUUUGCACGUUUUUCAAACACUCGUUUCUCACUUGACUCAAUCUCUGACACAUUUGUCCACUUGACUAACGUUGCGGUCCAAAAGAAUGCUCCAGACUAUGAUCCAGAGAAAGGCUGCAAGUGGUCACUCCAGGAACUUAGGAUGUACUUAACCGCAAAGCACGGGACAGAAAUUGUGCAGAACCUUUUCCAGCAGUUUGAUGACAUCUUUAUAAAGAGCCUUCAGAGCGUACAGAAGAUAAUAAUCAAUGACAAACACUGCAUUGAGCUGUAUGGCUUUGAUUUGAUGAUAGAUAACAACAUGAAACCGUGGAUACUUGAGGUAAAUGCUUCACCUAGUCUAACUGCAAGCAGCCCAACUGAUUAUGAGCUCAAAUUUGGUCUACUGGAAGAUGUACUGCAUGUUACUGACCUUGAGAAUCGUCUCACUGGUGAAGAGAAAAGAAUCGGAGGAUUUGAUCUAAUUUGGAACGACGGGCCAAUUGCAUCUGAUGAGAUAGCUCUGCAUUGUGGCCAACCAGUGACUUACUCAACAAACAGUUUUUUAGGAUGCUAUAAUGACAGAGAGGACCAGUUGAAAUAUUUGUUUAAAGUGUCAAUAUUAGACAGAAAAUAAAAAAUUCAUUCAUUAUUCAUUUUAGAAAUAA